AUGAGUACUAACUCCACAGCGUCUGUGGAGAACAAACCACGGAAGAUGACAGUCGAAGAGUAUUCCGAACUAGUAGCCAAAUGGCAGCAAGCAUACUAUACAUGGAAUAGCAGUUAUCUUACUUAUUUUAACACAAUGGUAAUGAAUACAUUUGUUCAACAAAUAUCCAUGUUAACGGGUGCUAAUAUUAUUACAAUGACUACUGAGCCAGUACCUGUUGAUCCUGUGGGAGAUAUACGAAAUACACGUAUAAAAGUUGCAUCAGUAUGGCGUCGAUGUUUAGCCGAAAUGGUUGAUUUUAUUCUUUUACAUGCAUUCAAAAUUCUUAUCGUUACUUUUCUCUCAAAUUAUCUACAUUUAUUGGAUCCAAAUCGGCUUACGCUUAAUAGUUUAAUUUCAAAUUUAAUCUACGAUGAAGCUGUAGUAUUUCCAACGGAACUCUUUUGUAUAGAAAUUAUAUAUCUGAUAAUAAGUGUUAUUUUUGAAAGCGCUUGUCUUACAUACUAUGGUGCAACACCAGGUAAACGUCUACUUCGGUUACGUGUUCUUAAAUUUGACCAGCUUCAAAUAAAUGACGAUGGUGAUAUUACUAUUGAAUCUGGAACAGUACUUGAUAGUAUAGCAGCAUUAACGCGUUCAUCAAUGAAAACUCUCAUGGCAACAUUUUUGUUUCCAGCUGUUCUUGUUGCUUUAUUAACAUCUCAAAAUCGACAAACAAAUUAUGACAUGGCUGCUAAUAGUCUUGUAGUUGAACUCGAACAUCGAGUGGAAUUACAUUGA